GUUUAACUUGGCACUGUUGAUUCAAAAUGAAAGCAAUUGAUGGAUUUCUCCCAUGGCUGCUUCUUCAUCUUAUCUAUAACAAAGUUUUGACAACUACCCUCUCGUCAACGAUAGAGACUGAGCCUUCAGAGUCGUUUCCGACAUAUUCUACUGAAUCUACCACUCUAUCUACACAAACAUUUCCACCAGCAUCCGGAUCCUGUCAUGUAUUCUUUGAUGGGGAGAAAGAAGGCACUUUCGAAGAUAAAAUUACCAUGUCAUCAUUUGACGGACCAUUUAUGAUUAAUACACCGACUAAAGCGCCGACGCAGUAUACCACAGCUAUUACAGUCAACACAGCCACAGGCACACCUGCAAUUGCGAGAGCAACUGAUCCCACAGUUACACCCAUAAUCACACCCAUAACGACGCCCUUAAGCACACCCAUAACCACACCCUUAACCACACCUAUGACCACACCCUUAACCACACCUAUGACCACACCCAAAACCUCACCAACAGGUUCACCCACCACUUGUGUUGAAUAUAAGCAGUGGAAAAUCACUGUUCGGACAGGAAACUAUAUAGAGAUGACUAUCAAGAAAAUGAAUCUUCGACCAUGGGCUUGUUUGUUUGAGACAUAUGUCAUUGUCAGAGAUGGACAUUCUUUGUCCGACAAUAUCCUCGCGAUUCUUUGUGAAGCGAGCACUACACCUCACCGCCUAGCGUCUAGUGGCGAUAAAAUGAUUGUGGAGAGAUAUGGAAAAUUGGGAUCUAGCGAAAGUACUGGGUUUGAAGCCAGCUUUGAGGCAAAACCUUUAAAAACUGGAGAUCCUCCUAGCUUUCGGGUAUCUGAGGAAAGUGUAACUUUGCUGGAGUGUUAUUCUCAAAGCUUGCUUUGCCAAGCGGGCGGUACACCUACUCCCAGAAUUACGUGGUCUAAAAGUGGAAGAGUUUUACAAAAUAGUACAAGUGUAAUUUAUACACCAAGCUGUUAUUCGAAAUCAGGAAAUUACACCUGCAGAGCAAGUAAUUUUAACGGCUCGGAUACGAAAACUCUUCUAGUUCACACCGAGAGGUGCUCUCAUCUUUGCAGGUGUCGCAAACUGAAAUCACAUCCAUUCUGGUUUCGAGUUGACUGUUGGGUUUACUACGAAAGAACAGUUCCGAGGGACAUUCCUCUCGCCACAAAAUAUUUGUUUUUUACUCGUGCCUAUUUGAGGCAUAUUUAUCCAAAGUCAUUUGAAAACUUAACUUACCUGCAGUACUUAUCGAUUACGCAUAAUUUUAAUCUGUUGAAUUUGACGAGAAAUGCGUUCGGAGGACUUAAGCAACUCAAGUACUUGGAAAUUAGCCAUCAUUAUUUGUUGGAUAUCGAAGAGGGAACUUUUAAUGAUCUGACAUCUUUAGAGUUUCUCUUUCUGGAAAGCAAUGGGAUAAGUUUCUUACGACCGAACGUCUUUACUGGUCUUUUGUCUCUUCGAGAACUGUAUUUAACCAACAACUACCUGAAGGAAAUUUCAAUGGAAAUAUACACGCUAGAAAAACUGAAUCUUUCAUUCAAUCAAUUAUCAAACCUGGAUGAAAAAAGUUUUCGUGGUACAAGAAACUUUACAAAAGUUAUGGACCUAAGAAGGAAUCGGAUCAGUAGGAUAGCGGAGGGCACGUUUGCGAAAUUUUUCUCACUGGAGGAACUUUAUCUUUCCAUCAAUGCGUUAAGCAAUCUUCCACCGAUUAUAUUUCAAGACCUGUCGAAGCUGCGAGUUCUAGAUAUCUCCUACAACAAAAUCUCCACGCUGUCUAAACCCAUCUUCGACAAGUUGCGAAGCUUAGAAACGCUCGUUCUUUCUCACAACGAAAUUGUCGUGAUACCUGCCAACGUCUUCAGCAGAUUGAAUAGUUUGAAAACUCUACAUCUACAAAACAAUUUCCUCGAUCGUAUGCCUCCAGAGACGUUCAGCUAUCUUAAAAGUCUACGAAACUUGAGAAUGGACAGUUUCUCCCUGUGUUGUUACGCUUCUCUUCACCUUGAGAAAGUAAGCUGUGAGUAUCCAAAGCUGGAGGGUAACGCCUUGUCGAGUUGCAAUCGCAUGAUCGAUGCCUCUGGUCCUCGAAGGAGUAUCUGGUUGCUGGGUAUCCUGGCUGUUGUUGGUAACCUGGCAGUGAUAGCAUGGCGUCUCAUCAGGCGUGACGACCAUCCAGUUCAAACCUGCCUCCUGACCAAUCUGGCUGUGGCUGAUUUCCUUAUGGGAGUGUAUCUCAUGAUAAUAGCUAUUAAGGACCAGAUAUGGGCAGGUACUUACUUCAGCUUCGAUUUGAUAUGGCGGUCAGGAGUCCUCUGUAAAGUGGCCGGCGCCCUUUCGGUACUUUCAAGUGAGGUCUCGGUACUCAUGCUCACUGUGAUAACCGCUGACCGUCUGCUAAGUAUUGUUUUUGCCUUCAGAUGCUCACGUCUGACACUAAGAGGAACUUACAUUAUUUGUGCCGUGGUGUGGCUCUGCGGAAGUGCAAUUGCCGUGGUACCGGCUUUUGAUACUCCCUACUUUUUCAACGUGGACAGAAGAUAUGGGUUCUAUGGUCGUUCCUCGGUAUGUCUACCUCUUCAGUUGUCUUCAGAAAGACUGGCAGGCUGGGAAUAUUCUGUUGGCCUUUUUAUUGGUUUGAAUCUCGCAGCUUUCCUCUUCAUCAUGUUGGCGUACAUUUCUAUUAUCGUGAAAGUGUCCAAGUCACAGAGAAGAGUCAAGGCUCACGGUGAAUCUGAAGUGAGCUCGAACAGCAUCAAAAGAGAGUCCGCGUUGGCAAGGAGGGUUUUCAUAAUCAUCUUAACAGACUUUAGCUGCUGGAUUCCUGUAAUAAUUCUGAGUAUUCUUGCUCUAACGGGCAAAUUUCACGAUGAACAAGGUGUGGCGUAUGUAUGGUUUGCCGUCUUUGUUCUGCCGGUAAAUUCCUCUGUGAAUCCUGUACUCUACACUUUCUCGACUCCAAAGGUAAGGACAGUCCUUGUAAGCUGGUUUUAUCGCCUUGUGACUGGCUGUAAAUGGUUCAGCUGCAAGAAACGAUCUGAUGGAAUUGCUAUAUCUGAUGGAGACGGAACACAACUCGACACCACGUGUUACAACAGUAUCUCUUUAGACGUCACAUCCAACUAUCCUCCCAGCAACAACUGACUUCCUUUGGUGACAGUUAAUACAGAAACGUGGAGAUAUUGAUAUGCGCUGAUGGGGAACGAUGAAGCCUUGUACAUCCCUUUUUAAGAAAUGUUAAUACUCUUGAUCGAAAAUGGCAUUUUUCAGUUUGCUUUCUGCCAGACACCAUAUAUUAAACCUCUUUAUUAGUUAGCUGAGUGCUCAACACUCAUAGGUAAUUUUUCUUAUUAGCUGAAUUUUUCAGAAACGUUCUGAAAUUUAUCAGAGGCUUAAUAAUUUAGACAGCGGCUACGAGAAAACCCG